AGCGUUCAUCCUCUCCGAUAUCUCAUCCUCAGGGAGCGUGUGCUUCCCACAAGUCAAGUAACACUCACAAUCCAAUCUCGCUCUAUUAUUUCUCAUCCGCUCUGCAAAGUGCUCAGAGAGGGAGAGAGAAUAAUGGAGUCGGUUCUAAGUCCUGUUGGUUUAGGCUUCUUCUGCCACACCCCAGCUUCAUCCAAGAGAGCAAUUGUGGGUACCCAAUUCAAUUCUUGCUCAUUUGCUGGUGUUCAUGGCGGCACAACUAAACGCACCGUGUUGGUGAAAGCUGAGGGUGCGGGAAUCAACCCAGAUGUCAGGAAGACCGAAGAGAAAGUGGUGGACUCUGUGGUCAUCACUGAACUCUCUAAGCCCCUCACUGCUUAUUGCAGAUGUUGGAGAUCAGGGACGUUCCCGUGUGAUGGAAGCCAUGUAAAGCACAACAAAGCCACAGGGGAUAAUGUUGGUCCCCUUCUGUUGAAGAAGUGAUGUGAAACUGUUGUGAUCUCUUCUGUUGUAU